AUGGGGAACAUUAUCAUGGUGAGGAGAAAGAAGGCGACAGUAAUGAAGAUCGACGGCGAUACUUUCCGGCUCCAAACUCCGGCCCGAGUGAGCGACGCCACCAAAGAAUAUCCUGGCUUCGUGCUGUUUGACUCCGAGUCCGUGAAAAGAUAUGGAGUUCGCGUCAAGCCGCUUGAGCCGAACCAUAUCUUAGCGCCUAAUAAAACUUAUUUUCUAGUGGAGCUGCCUAACCUUGCGAAUAGGAAUAAGCUUCCGUUCCGAAGAGUUAUGUCCGGUAUACAUGUUAGCGCCAAGGAGCGUCUGGAAAUGCUAAUGCUUUCCCGGAGGGCCGUCUCUGACGUGGCUUUAGCAAGAUCUGACGGCGGAAAUGGGAUUGGGUCUGGACAGACGAGGGUGAGCCUGAAGCUGCCUCGGUCUCAGAUCAUGAGGUUAAUGGGAGAGAGCCACGAUGCAUCUGAAGUCACGGAGAGGAUCAUUGCUCUUUACCGAGAGAGUUCCGGCGAGAUACAAGGCGGCCAAGAUAGCAAUGAUAUUUGUUGGGAACUUGGAGCUGGAGAUUUGAAGAACAAUUACAAGGCCCGAGAGAAGCAUGUGAGCUUCGCGGAGAACGGAGGGAGAGGUGAAAUUGUUGUUUUAUAG